UAUUGAAUCUGAAACACUUGUUUGAUAUAGAGGUUCUGAAGUCAGUAAGUCAUAAAGUGUAUAAGGACUCUUAAAUAAGUGGAAGCACUAAUUAAAUGUUUGCUAUAGUUACAUAAGUCAUUUUAUAUUUGUCAUAAGGUGAAAUGUACAAUAAUUAUAAUGUAAGAUUGUUUUCAUAUUCAGCAAUAUAUUUGACUUACUUAAAUUAGUCAUAAAAUAUCAAUUGAAAAGUUGGAAAUUCAUGGCAGUACCUGUAUUUACUUUACAUUUAAAACACCACAUAUUACCUGGAAGAGUGACAAUAGGAAAAUAUAAUGGCUCAGAGUCUUGUUUAACUGCAGCUACCACUGGUGAUAAGGUUAUAAUUCACAACCCAUACAAAAAAGGAAACCAAGUGUCUUUAUUAAAUGUAAAUCAAGGUAUAAAUGCUAUUUGUGCUGGAAGAUUAAAUGAAGAAGAUGAUAAAGAUGUGCUUUUGAUUGGAACAUCUAGCAAUAUUCUAGCAUAUCAUGUUGAAAAUAACAGCGAUAUAUUCUUCAAAGAAGUUGCAGAUGGAGUGAAUGCAAUCACAGUAGGACAUUUAGGUUCCCUGGAGACACCCUUGGCAAUAGUUGGAGGGAACUGUUCUAUCCAGGGCUUUGAUUGGCACGGUAAUGACCCAUUCUGGACAGUCACUGGUGAUAACGUCAGAUCUCUUGCCUUGGUAGACUUUGACCAUGAUGGGCAGAAUGAGCUCGUUGUUGGGUCAGAUGACUAUGAACUUCGUAUCUUUAAGGAAGAUGCAAUUAUUGCAGAAAUGACUGAAACAGAAGCUAUCACAGCUCUUAUAGGAUUCCAAAACCAUAAAUUUGGCUAUGCCUUGGCUAAUGGAACAGUCGGUGUCUAUGAUAAAUUACAGCGUGCUUGGAGAGUCAAAUCGAAGAAUGGUGCAGAGAACCUGGCAUGCUAUGAUUUGGAUGGGGAUGGAGUGGAGGAGUUGAUCACGGGUUGGUCCAGCGGCAAGGUGGAUGCCCGCAACAGUCGGACUGGGGAAGUGGUGUUUCGAGAUGUUCUGAAUCAGCCAGUGGCAGGGAUACUAACUGGUGAUUACACUCAGUCGGGCCGCACCCAGAUACUAGCUUGCUCUCAAGGCGGAGAAGUUCGUGGCUACGACCAGUCAAGCUUAAGCAAAGAAGGCUCUGUCCAAUCAGAUGCAGUGAGAGAUCUGUUUUCUAAGAAACAGACUUUACUUCUAGAACUUAAAAACUACACUUCAGAAGGUGAACCGAGUGGAAUACCUACGAACACUCAGUUGCUCACCGAGAUCUCUGUCAGUACUGGAACAAAAGAUAAUCCUGGAGGCCACAUAGAGGUGCUCCUAUCCACCAACAACCAGACUGUGAUACGCACUGUGACUGUGUUUGCUGAGGGGAUUUUUGAGGGCGAGACUUUGGUUAUACACCCUCGCAGUGACCAAGUCACAUCUACUUUAAGGGUUCCUUUGGUUCCUCCUAAGGACACAUCCCUUGAUAUCCACAUCAGAGUUUUUGUAGGUUCCUCAUGGUCCAGUGAACAAUUUCACGUAUUUGAGUUAACUCGACAACUGCCUUGCUUCUCCAUGUAUACACUAUUCAAGGGCACACCUCCAACCAAUCCCUCCAGCUUUGUCAGCUUUAAACUUAAUGAAAGAAUCCAAAGAGUAGAAAUGUGGUUGAAUCAGAACUUUCUACUUACCCAAGAGGUAUGGAGUAGUGACAGAGACAGUGAGUGGAGUACCUACAGUGAGUGGAGUACCUGUCUCAGUUGUUUGCGCGAUGACACCUUACUACAGCUGAACUAUAAGAGUGGCACUUUACAAGUGGCAACUCCUAACAUGGGGCUGGCAGCAGACAUUGUACAAUCACUUGCUGCCUAUCUCAACUUGGACAAUCUAAAGACAGUUGCAGAGUUCCCAGCAGUAUUUUCAAAGAUCUCCGAUUGCCUCGGUCAGGUAGCAGAUUUACAGCAGAAUGCUACUAAAAUGGCUGCCAAUGUUGCGGACUCGUCCAACAUUAUUCGUAGCUUGAUUGUUCAAGCAGAAGACCUUCGUCUUUUACAGCAAAUGAAGGAUAUGCGAGAGUGCUACAACGAACUGCAGCAGAUCAAUGAAGAGUUGGUCAACACGUACGCUGUGAGAGUAGCCAACCAUGAGCUACUACUGGAGGCUCUACGUAGUAUCAAUGUUAUUAUACAGCAGGCAGCCAGGCUCAGAGUUGGGAAACGCAAGUCUGAUGUGAUAACACAUUGUAGGGCAGCUAUGGCCAGCAAUAACAUCAGUGCCCUCAUCAAAGUGAUUAAGACUGGAGAACCCUAACAAAUCAUUGUUAUUAUUAUUGUUAUUGUACAAAUAACUCUAGUUUAUAAACUUCAUCCUUGUUUUCCAAGGGUCAUAAGUCAUAUAACAUUUGUCACACUAUGAUAAUUAAAUUGGGUUUACUUUA